AGCAGCUGGGCACAGAUGCCGAUCGAGAUUGUGUGCAAAAUCAAAUUUGCAGAGGAGGAUGCGAAACCCAAGGAGAAGGAGGCAGGGGAUGAGCAGAGCCUCCUGGGGGCCGCGCGGGGGGCCACAGCCCCCCGGGAUCUGGCCACCUUUGCCAGCACCAGCACUCUGCACGGGCUGGGCCGGGCCUGUGGCCCAGGCCCCCAUGGACUGCGCAGAACCCUGUGGGCACUGGCCCUACUCACCUCGCUGGCUGCCUUCCUGUACCAGGCGGCUGGCCUGGCCCGGGGCUACCUGACCCGGCCUCACCUGGUGGUAAUGGACCCGGCUGCCCCAGCCCCAGUGGCGGGCUUCCCAGCCGUCACCCUCUGCAACAUCAACCGUUUCCGGCAUUCGGCACUCAGCGACGCCGACAUCUUCCACCUGGCCAAUCUGACCGGGCUGCCCCCCAAAGACCGGGACGGGCACCGUGCCGCUGGCCUGCGCUACCCGGAGCCCGACAUGGUAGACAUCUUCAACCGCACUGGCCACCAGCUCGCCGACAUGCUCAAGAGCUGCAACUUCAGCGGGCACCACUGCUCCGCCAGCAACUUCUCCGUGGUCUAUACUCGCUAUGGGAAGUGUUAUACCUUCAACGCGGAUCCACAGAGCUCACUGCCCAGCAGGGUGGGGGGCAUGGGCAGUGGCCUGGAGAUCAUGCUGGACAUCCAGCAGGAGGAGUACCUGCCCAUCUGGAGAGAGACAAACGAGACAUCGUUUGAGGCAGGCAUCCGAGUGCAAAUCCACAGCCAGGAGGAGCCACCCUACAUCCACCAGCUGGGCUUCGGCGUGUCCCCAGGCUUCCAGACCUUUGUGUCCUGCCAGGAACAGCGGCUGACCUAUCUGCCCCAGCCCUGGGGCAACUGCCGAGCGGAGAGUGGGCUCAGGGAGCCUGAGCUUCAAGGCUACUCGGCCUACAGUGUGUCUGCCUGCCGGCUGCGCUGUGAAAAGGAGGCCGUGCUUCAGCGCUGCCACUGCCGGAUGGUGCACAUGCCAGGCAAUGAGACCAUCUGCCCGCCAAAUAUCUACAUCGAGUGUGCUGACCACACACUGGAUUCCCUGGGUGGGGGCUCCGAAGGCCCGUGUUUCUGCCCUACCCCCUGCAACCUGACCCGCUACGGGAAAGAAAUCUCCAUGGUCAGGAUCCCCAACAGGGGCUCAGCCCGGUACCUGGCAAGAAAAUACAACCGUAAUGAGACCUACAUACGGGAGAACUUCCUGGUCCUAGAUGUCUUUUUUGAAGCCCUGACAUCCGAGGCCAUGGAGCAGCGAGCAGCCUACGGCCUGUCAGCCCUGCUGGGAGACCUCGGGGGACAGAUGGGCUUAUUCAUCGGAGCCAGUGUCCUCACGCUGCUCGAGAUCCUAGACUACAUCUAUGAGGUGUCCUGGGACCGACUGAGGCGGGCGUGGCGUCGUCCCAAGACCCCCCUCCGGACCGCCACUGGGGGCAUCUCCACUUUGGGGCUUCAGGAACUGAAGGAGCAGAGUCCCUGCCCAAGCCAGGGCCACGCUGAAGGCAGAGGCACCGGCAGCUUGCUCCCAAACCACCACCCCCCAGGAGGCCUCUUUGAAGACUUCGCUUGCUAG